UUCACAUUUUAUUCAUUUACAUAUUCGAACCGUUCUUUAGUUUUUGUGUUAAGUUUGUUGUUGUUUAGUUUUUAUUUAUUUACUAGUGCUAUAGUUCCAUUCUUGUACCAAUUAUCAAUUGUUACCUUUAUUAUUUUUUUAAUUUUUAAAUCUUUUUUAAGUAAAAUUUUCUUUUCUUAGAGAUUAAUGAAGGUAACAAUUAAAAUUAUUUUUCAAUUCAUUCAUUAUUUUUCACAAAUUUUUAGCGUAUUUUAUUUAAUCUGAUCUUCAAACAUUCUAAAAUGUUGAACAUUCCUUCUUUUACUUCGACUCGCUCGAUGGUUCCAUGGGCCGGACACCGCCGUCAUUGGAUGGCUGACCCGUUAGAACAGAUGGACCGCUGGAUGCAAUCUAUUGACCGUUACUUUGAUGACCGCGUCGGAUUCCAGAUGCGUGACCAUGCUGCUCAAAUGAAGAUUGAGCCUAAUGGGGACUUCACCUAUAAGGUCGACGCUUCUGGCUUCCGUCCUGAGGAGUUGAAGGUUGAAGUUCAUGGGAACGAGGUUGUCAUCUCUGGGGACCAUCGUGAGGAGAAUCAAGGCGAGUCUGUUCACCGUCAGUUUGUUCGUCGCGUCUACAUCCCGGAAGGAGUCAAGCAGGAGACUGUUAAGUGCGAGAUGGACAACGCUGGUCGCUUGUGUGUCACUGCUCAUCGUGAUGGUGAAGGGAAGCGUAACAUCCCGAUUGACUUCAAGCCGGGCAACGCGACUGCAACGACUACUGGCGAGCAGCCGAAGACCAAAUGAAUGCCUUAAAGGCUGAUUUGAAAAGGAGGAGGCGAAAUUAUUUUGAGACAAUUUCUCAUUUUUUGAUUUUAUU